AUGGAGACUCUACUGCAGAACGAACUGAUGCUCACGAGUUUCGACGUCGUGCCAACGCCACAAGCGCUGUCCGGCAAAAAGGUCAUUGGCCUCUACUUCAGUGGCCACUACUGCCCGCCGUGCCGCAGGUUCACGCCGCUGCUGGACGGUGUGUACUCGAAGAUCAAGGCCGCUGGUCACGAGGACGUGGAGAUUGUCUUUGUGUCGUCCGACAGAGACGAAGCCACGUUCAGCGAGUACUUCCGAGAGAUGCCGUGGAUCGCUCUGCCCUACGCGCGCCGGGACCUCAAGCUCGAGCUGUGUGACAAGUUUGGCGUCAAGACCGUACCGACGCUCAUUUUUUGCAACGAACACGGCGACGUCGUGGAGCGCGAGGGCCGCGACUUUGUCACAAAGCACGCGGACGACAUCGCGGCCAUUCUUUCUCACCUACGUCAGGCGAAAACGAGCUAA